GUUACUAUGGCGACAAUUAAAGAAAUGUUAGUAAACAAAGUUGAAAGUACAUAUUCAAUGCAUUCGAUGUUAUAAAUGUAAUAAAAAGUUUAGUAACAUAAAUAUAAUUUGAUAAAUAAGUAGAUAUUUUAAAAAUGACUGACUUCAUAAAAUCAAACGCCAGUUCGGGUGUGUACUGGUUAAAAGAACCGCUACAAAGUAUAAAAAUAAGGAUUACAAUAAAGACGCAAGAAAGCAUAAUUUCACUCCCAAAAUUUGAGGAUUACUCAAAUAUAUCUCAAAUGCAGAAUUUAACUAAAGCUGAUGGGAGUGUGACAAAAGAAUAUGUUUUUGCAUGGCAGGAAAAAGUAUUCAGCCAGUAUGAAAUUAAAAAGUACUUGGAUAUUCAUAAUUGUACAUCAGAGUGGGACUUGAACCUCCACAACAGAUUAAAACAGAAUAAUUGUCUACCACAGAAGAUUUUUACAUAUCUCAAUGAAGAUUGUUAUAUACCCUUGCCUGUCAUUGAAAAAAAAAGUUAUGACACUGGGCUUCACUAUUUGAAUUCAUGUUUGGAAUGUCUAAACUUAAAUGAAAAGUUAAGCAAUGUUAACUUAAGCGAAACAAAUUCCACAAGACUCUUGUUUUCUAGUCAAGAAAAUGUGACUGUUGGAACUGAAUGGACAGCAAUGCACUUUAUGUAUGAUAACUCUAAGUAUGAUGAUGAUGACAAUAUCAUAUAUGCUGAUGAAUGUUUAUUGCUAUCCUUGUAUCAUCAUAAACAGCACAAUUACCUGAUGGUGUCUCAUGAUGUGAAUAAUUUAUCAAACCCAUACAAUAUCGAGAGUGCAUCAGGCAACCUGCAUUUAGAGUAUUAUGUGGAUAUAGAUUUCGGUUUGCAGGGGUGUAGUGAGGAACUGGUGGAUUUGCUCAAUAAACUGUAUAAGAAAUGGCAGAAAAAGCAAAAGUAUUUUAUGCCCUUUGUCAUGCCGCCUCUGGGAGGCAAGAAGGUGUUCGUAUCGUUAGAAAUAACAUCAGCAAAAGACUUUGAAAUGGAUAAUAUUUAUAUUGAAUAUCACAUUAAGAUUCCAGAUACUGUUCAAUGCAAAAGCGACCUUAUUGGCCGGACACACGUGUCACAGUCCCUUGUAACAGAGGCUGGUCAGAUUUGGCUCUUUGGACACACCAUUGAUUUAGAAUUAGAUAUUGCUACAGGAAUUGACCCACCGUCAUUAAAAAUAUUCUUCGAAGUCAUAUCACAAGACUGGUGGCGAAGGCACAGAACUGAGGGAUAUAGCCAUCUCGCUCUAACCUUACACCCCGGUAGAUACAAAGAGCAGUUGUCCUGCUCUAGGCCAGAAGAACUGAAUGAAAUAGAAGCGGAGAGCCGAAGGUUCUUUGUCGGCGGAUGUCAUUUGAUUGAGGACUUGGAGAUUUUAGAGAAACCUCAGCUAUAUGCUGGCAACUUUAGAAACGUGCUAACCGGUUAUAUAUUAGUUCACUGGAGUACCAUAACGCAGUCUCAGACCCCUGGGCAUCAUUCCCCUGUCCCGAUGUCAUCUGGGACAGCGCUAUUACAGGGGGCUGAUGCAGUUUUAAAGCAAUAUAAAAGAGCAAAAGCCACUUUGGCAGCGGCUACAAGGAACUUUCGAGAGACAGGGGACUUAUAGAUGCUUCUAGUGUAAUGGAGAGAAUUGUGCCUUCAAAUUAUAUCACUAAGUAUGAAUUGUAUAAAAAGGUAGAGAAAUAACGAUAAUUGAAUAAAAAUGGAAAGACAAAUAAUUAUCUAAGAAUGCUGUGACGUAGACGUUUUGUCUACUUAUUAAAAGAACUUAAGAUUAUAUUGCUAUAAGAUAACACCCAAAUACGAGGCUAAAUGGGAUUCGCUCAUGAGGUGUCUGUAAGGUUUACUUUAUUUGUUAUAGAGACUACACUUUGAGUAAUCGUCAGAUUAUGAAGUCAUCUUCACUGCAUCAAUAUUAUCAUAAGUCAUAAAAAACGCAAUGGACAUAUAUGAAAACGGGUUUUAGAAAAUAAAACAAAUAAUAUCUAGUCAAAUUGUAUUUUCACUCUAAUUAAACACAUGUGAUACUUAAUAUUAUUGGUAUUUUAUUUGUUAUUUCUACUCUUCAACAUGAGGUAGGAUCAUAUGUAAAAAUUCCAAAUUCUAACCUAUGUAUUCCUAAAAGAGUAGUUUUGGAAUUACAUUGAAAUAUUUAUAACAAACUAAUUAUUCCUAAAAAACA